ACUCGAAGAAGAAGCUGGUCUGACUUUCCAACUAUUAGCUAAUAACGUUAUUGGUACUAAAUAAAGCAUGGGUACUUUGUGAACAGUAAAUAAACUGUAUUGUACAGUCGCUGCACUAUAAAGGUAGGUAACGCUGAAGUGACAGUGAGCUAGCCCACUUGGCAGGAUGGUGCAGCUGCAUGUGAAACGCGGAGAUGAAAGCCAGUUUCUGUUCAACACCACAGUGGACGCGCCUCUGGAGACUCUGAUCCAGCAAAUUGCAGCUAUUUACAAUGCGAGACUCAAAGUGGACAGAAUAUGUUCAGAGAUCUCAGACCUGGCAGAACAUGGAAUCACACUGCCAGUCAACAUGCAGGGGCUGACAGAGGAGCAGGUUGUGGAGCUGAAACUUAAAGAUGAAUGGGAGGAUAAGUGCAUACCCAGUGGAGGAGCGGUAUUUAGGAAGGACAAAAUUGGAAGGAGGAACGGACAAGCUCCAAAUGACAAAAUGAAAGAGGUCCUGAUUAAAACAGUGGAUGAGGCAAAGGCAGUCAUCUCAAAGAAUCAAGUACAAGCUAACGUUUGUCUCACAAUGGAGAUGAUAAAAGAAGCCCAAGACCAGCUAAGGGGUGCAGUUAUGAUCGUAUAUCCAAUGGGUCUGCCUCCUCAUGACCCUGUCAGGAUGGAGCUGGAGGACAGGGAAGACCUUUCAGGAACACAGGCAUCCCUACAGGUGAUCACUGAGGACGAGUGCCAGCUAUGGUGGGCUGCCAAAGAGAUGCAGAGAGGGAAGAAACUGCAGGACUACAUCGGCAAAAAUGAAAAGACAAAGCUUGUGGUCAAAAUACAGAAGAAAGGCCAGGGGGCACCAGCGAGAGAACCUCUGGUCACAGAUGAGCAGCACAAACAAAUGAUGAUGCAUUAUUACAGGAGACAGGAGGAACUCAAGAAACUGGAAGAAGCUGACGAUGAUAGCUACCUUGACUCCGACUGGUCGGACAGACAAGCACUCAAAAGACAAUUUCAAGGCCUAUCAAACAUCAAAUGGGGACCGAGAUAAGGACCAUGAGCACUCAGAUGUUCACCUCGGUUUAACGUUCUGUAUGCAACUGACUACUAUGCCUUAUCACAAUGUAAAAAUCUGUUUUGUGUUUAUUGUGUUCAUUCACUGCGGCAGGUGUUGAAAGAUGUUGUCCUUAGGGUGAAUAUAUUUAUGGGUUUCUGGACAACAGUCAAACUGAAAUGGAAGAAGACAUCUGGAAAAAAUGUAUUAUGAAACAGGUAAUGAUAUCACAUAUGAUGUCACUAUAAACCUGGCUUAUUUUGACUGAAAUGUGAUCUUUGUAUUCUUUCACCAUCUUAUUGUUGUAAAGCAACAUUUUUGAAGCUGUGCAAAUACAUU